CUGUCUGCAUGCGAUUGAACUUGAGAGAGAAAAGUUGACAGCCUGGCGAAGUUGAUAUGCCAAAGUGAGAGAGAGGAUUUCUUCGACCCUAACCUUACCUUCAUUGACACAGUAAGUUUAGCCGUUCUUGCUACAGUAACCUUAAUAGCCUAUCUGCUCAAUUUCCAUCGUAUUUAAGACGGGCACAUGUUGUUGGCUAUCAGUGUCAUUUUAUGGUGCUGGGGAUUGUUGAGCCGCAGACCGAUGCUGUGUCGCCAGGGCAUGCAGAAAGGCCGCUGUUGCGUCUUGUUCAGUGACCUGAAGGUUUUCCUGCUCAGGCCACCGCCACCGUCGGCACCGCCGCCAGCGCUCCCACUCAUGAGUGGACAAAACACAGAGAGUCAUGGAGCGGCAGGCGCCGAAGAGUGGAACAACACUUCAACGGGGGCCACGGAAAGCUCCAACGGUUGUUUACAUAAUCCAGCGGGCUGGACAGGGUGCCCGUCGUCAAGGGACGAUGCUGGGACCAAACAUAUGGGAGGAGAUGACUGGGGAAGCACAACGGUGGAGCCACCAGGGAACCUGGAUUGCGGCAGCUCCUCCGAGGACUGUUCAAAGGAUAAAUACGACGACCGGACAUCUCUAAACAGCUGUACAGACAGCGGCCUAAGGUCUCCCUUAUGCCGGAUCUGUUUUCAGGGCCCUGAGCAGGGGGAGCUGCUGAGCCCGUGCCGGUGCAGUGGGUCAGUGCAGUGCACCCAUGAGCCCUGCCUCAUCAAGUGGAUCAGCGAGAGGGGAUCCUGGAGCUGUGAACUCUGCUCAUACAAGUAUCAGGUCAUCGCCAUCAGCACCAAGAACCCACUGCAGUGGCAGGCCAUUUCCCUGACGGUGAUUGAGAAGGUGCAGAUCGCGGCGGCGGUGCUGGGCUCCCUCUUCCUCAUCGCCAGCAUCUCCUGGCUGGUCUGGUCCUCCCUCAGCCCCUCGGCCAAGUGGCAGCGCCAGGACCUGCUCUUCCAGAUCUGCUACGCCAUGUACGGAUUCAUGGACGUCGUCUGCAUCGCGCUGAUCAUCCACGAGGGCCCGUCCGUGUUCCGCAUCUUCAACCGCUGGCAGGCCGUCAACCAGCAGUGGAAGGUGCUCAACUACGACAAGAUGAAGGACAUCGACGACCACCAGAAAGGCGGCGCUGCCAGCCUCCGCAGCCUGGCCGCCUUCCCGGGGGGGCUCCGCAGCGCCGGCACAGCAGCGGGGGCCCUCAACGGCCUGGGCCUGGGCUCCGACCUGGCCGAGCGCUCCCCGUCCCUUUCCUCCAUCAUCCUGGCGGCCACCGCCACCCCCACGGCCACCACGGCGGUGCCCAUCAGCGGGCCAGAGCCCGAGGCGGACACGGAGCAGCCCAGCAGCAACCACUGCGCGUACAGUAUCCUCCAGAGGCUGAGUCUGCUGAGGCAGCCCGCGGAGUCCCGCACCCAGCAGCAGCAGCAGCCCCAGCAGCAGCCCCAGGCAGAGGCCCAGGCAGAGGCCCAGACACAGGCCCUGGCCCAGUCGCCCCCUAGGGACCCGGCCAACCGUGAGGUGGUGAUGAGGGUCACUACGGUCUGAGGAGGCAGAGAGCUAAUGCUGAUGACUGCACAUGUUGUAUGGACAAGGACCAGUUAAACAGAUUUGAAGCAUUUUUUUUUUCAACUGUCGAUUUUGCGACCAAAAAAAAAACAGAUUUCCUGGUUUGAAAAGCAAAUCAGAGAUGAAUGCUCGUACUCGAUAUCUUGCUCUGUCCUGAUACUGAGUGCAUAUUUCAGAUUCGUAUUUCCAAACAGGAAAUCUGUUUUGUUUUGUUUUUUGUUUCUUGUCAAAUUGACAGUUGAAAAUGCUUCAAAAUUGCCCAACUGAUUAGAAUGUGACGUUGGUGUCCAUUCUAAUAGACAGUCAUUGGACCCACCCAUACGUAGAUAUGAACACUAGACUCCAUGUUUAGCCUUUUGCCGUGGCCCAACCAUGCCGUCGCCGUCUUGUCGGUAUCUUAUGAUUCAUACCAUCACUUACACUUACACUUGGCGUUGUACUGGAUAAACAUGGCGGCAAGCCAUUUGUUCCAAUACAAAGGAGUGGCUAGGCAACCAGGGGUGCAUUUCUUAAAACCAUAGUUGCUAACUACAUUAGCUACUUUGUUGUUUUUAAUGCAAUUUCCCAUUGGCUGUAAGUUGCAACUACGCUUUCGAGAAACGCACCCCUGGCAUCUAGUGUUCAUAUCUAUGGGAGAUACCAACAGCAGCAGCAGCAGCAGCAGCAGCAGCGGAGGCCUUACCCACCAAUGCGUCUCAAGAGGAUCCAAUCCACAAUCCAGCUCCCCCCUCCCUUCCUCUCUCCUCUCUCGCCUGCCUGGUGGCGCUCUCUGCCCUUUAUAUGAAGAGCAGGUUUUUUUUUUUUUACAUAAAUGCAAAAAGACGAAUUUAAAAAAAAAGAGGAAUUUCAGAUCAAACUCAAUGCUGUUGUUUCCAGGCCACACAGAGACUUGUAUCAUCUUUGAAAAUCUGCCAAGCAUGGUGGGGGAUACAAUGACAAGACUGGACAUGGGGGAGAUAGAUUUUUAAACUUAGCUCUACGGACCGGAUAUUUUUUAUUAUUUUUUUGUUUGACAUAGGUGUGUGAACUGAAGGAGAGCGAAAAGGCGAGCUUUUUGUAGUCUAGAGAUGUUGGGGGUUGUGAUGGGGGAAAUUGAGUAGCACCGAUCUUCAAGAGAGCGCCGAGGUAGAAACGUCUCGAUCCUCAUCCUGCCAUAGUGAUUGACAACUGUUGUCACAGUUAUUUCAGUAGGCCAAUGCUCUAUCGCCAUCAGCAGUCCAAGCACAAAUCGUCAAGAGAAUACAGGUUCACACACACGCACGCACGCACACACACACACACACACACCAAGAGGUCUUCACAUCUUCAUCUGUAAGCUCUGGUCUUCUCAGGGUUCCAAGUGUAAUAGGGUUGCAAUCGAGUUUCAACAAAGCAUACAACUCAUGCACACAAUCCCAGGCAUGUACCUCUCCUCAGAAGAAAAAAAAAACAAAAGAAUAACCUAUCCAACGCAACAACAGACCAAUGAAAGAGGAAAUCUCUCUGUUUUAUUGUCAUCUGUGGUUGAAUUGUCUUUGAAUGAAAAAGAAAAAAGAAAAAGCAAAUGUGUAGGCCAAAGACAGUAUGGUGAUUUCAUUUUAACUCUAUCUGCUGGGUGUCGUCAAAUUGUUCAAGGGAGGACCAUGGUCAUAGUGGCCUUUGAAAAGUGGUUUCUCUUCUUCUCGACUCUGUGUUACCAUAGACAUGAUGACAACCCCUGAGAAACGUGACAGUCUCUUGUGGCCGUCAGUGCUGGGACAAGAACUCUCUUUUUGGGGACUCGUUUUUUGUUUUUUCUUCCUCCUCUUUUGUAAAAUAUGUGCAUAAAUGUUAUUAAAAAAAAGAUGUUGCUACAUUAAAAUGAGUUGAUGAUGAAAUGU